CGGCCCCUCAGGAGCCCGGCGGGAUGGGGCGGCGGGCGCGCCUCGGGCUGGUGCUGUGCCUCGCGGCGCUGUGGCUAGAUGAAGAGGGAAAUCAAGAUGAAUCACUGGAGUCAAAGACUUUAUCUGCAGAGGACCAGGUAAAGGACCAUUCUACAGGAACUCGAGUAGUAGCAGGUCAGAUCUUCCUUGAAUCAGGGAAAUCAGACUCUCAAUCGGAGGAUGAAGAGAACUUUCACAGUCAAGAGGAGGAAAAAGAGAGUUCGCUGGAAGAGUUGAACUCUCUAGAAAUGUCAAAUCUAUUAAAUAAAGAUUUGGAAGAAGCAGAAAUACAGAGUCCAGUUUUGACAGCUAUUGGAGGCACAGCAGAUGGUGAACCUUGCCACUUCCCCUUUUUGUUUAUGGAGAAGGAGUAUGCAGAGUGCACUGCAGAUGGGAGGGAGGAUGGCAGGCUUUGGUGUGCAACAACCUAUGAUUACAAGAAAGAUCAAAAGUGGGGCUUCUGUGAAACUGAAGAGCAGUCUAAUAAGAGAAGGCAGAUGCAAGAAGCUGAGGAUGUUUAUCAGACUGGAAUGAAAAUCCUUAAUGAAAGCAGUAAAAAGGCUCAGAAGAAAGAAGCGUAUCAAUAUCUUCUGAAAGCAGCUGACAUGAAUCAUACCAAGGCAAUGGAGAAAGUGUCUUAUGCUUUGUUGUUUGGGGAUUACCUGAAGCAGAACAUCCAGUCAUCAAAAGAACUAUUUGAAAAACUAACAGAAGAAGGUUCUCCUAAAGGACAAAUGGCUCUUGGAUUUCUAUAUGCAUCUGGUCUAGGCGUCAAUUCUAGUCAAGCUAAGGCCCUGGUGUAUUACACUUUCGGAGCUUUAGGAGGAAAUCUGAUCGCCCAUAUGAUCUUGGGUUACCGGUACUGGGCUGGGAUAGGAGUCCUUCAAAGUUGUGAAUCUGCUCUCACUCACUACCGACUUGUAGCUAAUCACGUUGCUAGUGACAUUUCUUUGACUGGUGGCACAGUGGUUCAGCGAAUUCGCUUAGCAGAUGAAGUAGAAAAUCCAGGAAUGGCAAGUGGGAUGCUAGAAGAAGACUUGAUUCAGUAUUAUCAGUUUUUAGCAGAGAAAGGAGAUGUACAAGCACAGGUUGGCCUUGGACAGUUGCACUUGCAUGGAGGAAGAGGAGUAGAGCAAAAUCAUCAGCGAGCAUUUGAGUACUUCAAUCAAGCAGCUAAUGCUGGCAAUUCACAUGCCAUGGCCUUUCUAGGAAAGAUGUACUCAGAAGGAAGUGAUGUUGUACCUCAGAGCAAUGAAACAGCUCUUCAGUAUUUCAAGAAAGCUGCUGAUAUGGGUAAUCCAGUUGGACAGAGUGGAUUAGGAAUGGCUUAUCUCUACGGAAGAGGUGUUCCAGUGAACUAUGAGCUAGCGCUGAAGUAUUUCCAGAAGGCUGCAGAACAGGGAUGGGUUGAUGGACAACUUCAACUAGGUUCCAUGUAUUACAAUGGCAUUGGAGUCAAGAGAGACUAUAAACAAGCUUUGAAAUAUUUUAACUUGGCCUCCCAGGGUGGCCACAUUCUGGCUUUUUAUAAUCUGGCUCAGAUGCAUGCUACUGGCACUGGAGUGAUGCGAUCCUGUCAUACUGCUGUUGAGCUGUUUAAGAAUGUAUGUGAACGGGGGCGUUGGUCUGAAAGACUGAUGACUGCAUACAACAGCUAUAAAGAUGGUGAUUCAAAUUCUGCUGUGGUUCAAUACCUUCUUCUGGCAGAACAAGGCUAUGAAGUUGCACAAAGCAAUGCUGCUUUCAUACUUGAUCAGAAAGAAGCUAGCAUAGUAGGAGAAAAUGAAACCUAUCCUCGAGCUUUGCUUCACUGGAAUAGAGCAGCUUCUCAAGGAUAUACUGUUGCAAGAAUUAAACUUGGAGAUUACCAUUUUUAUGGUUUUGGUACUGAUGUUGACUAUGAAACUGCAUUUAUUCACUAUCGACUGGCAUCAGAGCAACAGCACAGUGCCCAAGCAAUGUUUAAUCUGGGCUACAUGCAUGAGAAGGGAUUGGGCAUUAAGCAGGAUAUUCAUCUUGCAAAACGAUUCUAUGACAUGGCAGCUGAAGCAAGCCCAGAUGCUCAGGUUCCAGUCUUCCUAGCACUUUGCAAGCUUGGAGUGAUUUAUUCCUUGCAGUAUGUACGAGAAAUCAAUAUAAGGGAGAUAUUCUCACAUAUUGAUAUGGACCAGCUGCUGGGGCCUGAGUGGGACCUUUACCUUAUGACCAUCAUCGCCUUGCUUCUGGGAACAAUUAUAGCUUACAGACAAAGGCAACAUCAGGCAAUUCCCAGACCAGCAGGACUGCGGCCAGCUGUGCCUCAACAAGAACCACCACCAGAGCACCAACCACCGCAAUAGCAACAAGAGCCUCAGUGAAAGAACUGGAUUUUUUCCUAAAGGAACAAUUUUCAUUGUGAUUUAGGACUUUGGAUCAACAGUCCCUCCCCCAAAAGAGGCGCAAAGAGGUUUAAAAAAAAAAAAGUCUGAAAGCUGCUUAGAAUGAUGCCUUUUUUUCAGGGAUAAGAAAAUUCUUUUGAAACUGAUUUGAAUGUUAUUUCAGUGCCAAUGGAAUAACACUAUGGCUUUUUUCAUGGAAACACAAGAGUGCUACUACAAAAAUGUUGCCUGCUGUAUCUAGUUCCUCUUUAUUCAGAGUCCUUUUCAUCUCCUAGAGAGAGCAGAAGGCUAGCAUUGGAAGGUUUUUGCCUGCUUGAUAGCAGCUGCCCUAUAUAAAAAUAAUAAUAAUAAUUUUAUGUCUAAUUUAAAUCCAAGAAGCUGAACUAUAUUCAAACUCUAAAAAGACUAGAGCUGUAUGAACUUAUAUUCUGAUCUGCGUCCCAAGUAUUUCUACAGUCCUUAUUUUGUUAUUUCUUAAUAUUUCUUACACUUUGGUCUUUUAUGCUGUCUUGGAUGGUUUAACAUGGAUUAUUUAUAAACUCUGUAAAACUAAGCCAGCAAACAUGCCACUCUCCAUUUGUGCUUUUUUGUUUUGAGUAUUUUCCUCUAUUCCCCUUAGACUAGACAGUUCUCAGCAGACAGUAUGUAGCCCAGGAAGGCAGACUGGGACAGAUUGGGUCUGUAAAGCUCAUCACUUUAAAACUAUACAUGCAGUGCCCAGAUCUCACAUCCUUCUAAAACUUUUUUGGAGCCUGUGUGCUUUGCAAUACUUCAUGACAUAAAAACAAAUUGGUAGUGUUCCUAAAUUGUUUAAACUUGCUUUUACAAAGAGGCUGAGUCUAGGCUGCAGAAAGCACCAGUAUUGUUGUGGACACUGAAGACAGAGCCAGAAAUCUCAGUGAGUUAGCUUACUUUUUUGGUUUGGGGUGUUUUUUUGUUUUAGAGGUGGGAAUUCUGUAUUUAAUUUUCAGCAAUCCUGUAAGUGAUCUGCACUGCAAGAAGGAAGUAUGUGUGGUAUCUUAUGCAUUCAUCUGUUUAAUUCAUCUACAAAAAAGGGCCCCAAAGAUGCAUAUUCUCUGCAAAAGGGCAUGGGCUUAUGCCAGUGAUGCUACUCCAAAGUUUGGCUGACUGAUAAAAAUUGUAUGUUAGAUUACAGCAGUGCGCUGGCUGUUGCCAACCUGUUUUGUACCUGGCAUACAUGGGAAAGUCAAAACAACAUCUCUGGCUGUGCCAUCUUGAGGAUCCCUUGUAACAAGAAAAUCCAAAGAGAAAGACGACUAAUGGUUUAUGGCUUCUUGAUACCACUAGGUCAAUGCAAAGGCCUUUUAAUGAGUGUAAAGAAUACGACCUGUGGACUGAUGUUUCUAGACUGCAAGAGGAAUCCUCGCUUAGUAAUGAUGUUCUUUGAACUAUAAUUUCAGGGGUUGGGGCUUGGAAGCAGUGGGGGAAUAGCUUAGAUGCAAGAAAUGCAGAAGUUUCUGUUCUUAUUUACCAACGGCCAUUAAAUAUUUGUUUCUGUACUAGCAUUAAACCCUCUGAAUAUACUGUCCUAAAGCUGAAUGAAAUACAAAUGAGGAGGCUUUAGCUGCUUUCUGACAAAAGCUGUUGUGUUUAAAGGGUUAAGGGCUUCCUUUCAUGCAAAUCUUUUUCCAGUGGAUUGGCAGCAACAUAUCAAUAUGCUUUAUUUAGCAUUGAGAUUUUGGUAUGGUUUCAUACUUAGUACAUUUGUAAGGAGACCCUUGCACAAUAUAUCUGUAGUUUGGGAAAGAAGAUAAGCAAUCCACUCUUUUGUAAACUGAAAUAUCAUGGAUGACUAGUAUUAAAAUAUAGGUAGAACUUCUCAGUACUUCAAAAUGCUUAUGCUGGUUAUGUGACGACAAAUCUUUGAUUUUAGUUUGGAGGGUUGCAGCAUGUGAUAGAGGAAUGUCUUGUUCAGUCUUAAUCACCAUUAGCAGAUGGAACAGUAUUGAACUUAAAUGUAGUGUCUAAAAUGUACAGCACUCCCCAGCUGCAUUUCUAAGGUAUCUGUGACUUCUGAACGCUCCCUCUGAAGUAUUUUUGCCUCUGUCACUUAAUAGCUCUUUUUAGCUUGGCAUGAAUAAAUUAAAGAUUAUAUGGAAAAUGUUUUUCAGUUAAAUACCACUGGUUCAUUAGUAUUGGUCUUUCAGAAUGUUUAACAAUUUUGUUACUGUGUUAGUAAAUGUUUUGGUUGUUUGAUCUAUUAGAACUAAAUUCUAAAA